AUGCAGGCAACUUUACUACCAACAAUUCUCCUCACAUUUCUGGCGGUUUCCAACGUAAAGACUGUCACGAAACAACGCGGAAUUCGUUUGGAAGACGACUCGUUUCUGCAACUUUUGGAAGUGGAAAUUGCGAGAACUCUGAGGAGCGAACUCACUAGUGACGAUGAGCUACAGAAUCUGGAGGGCAGUGGAGAGCUGGAUGAUUACUUGAAGAAAGGUUUGAUUUUUCCUUUAGGAUAAUUGAAAGUUGAGUUUCAGAAGAAGUAAUCACACCUACAACAACUGUUGCUUCUUCUACAACUGCAACUGAAACGACGCCAACCUCUUCUACCACCACUGCCUCAACGACAACGACAACUCCUCUGUCCACAACUGAAAGAACAACAACAACAAGCACACAGUCAGCGGAAUGUGUUCAAGAGAAACAAUGUUACAAAGAUGUUGAGUGCCCGCAGGUAAGUCUGCAGAUAACUUCUCUCCUUUCUUUGUUUUUUUCGUCGUUGAAACACUCUUGCCAACUAUUCAAUCUUUCAGGGAAAAUGUCUGGGAAGCGAACUUGGAAUCUGUGACUGCAACGCCUGCGUCACUAACAAGCAAUGUAAAAGCGACGAGGACUGCGGGGGACUUCGUUCCGCCUGUGACUCUUCCGGAUUCUGCGACUGUGUGAAAGCGUUUCACUCGCAUGGCUUCCAACUUUUCGUCAAAGUUCUGCUGACGUUCUGCCAUCAAACCAAGUGCGGCCCAGCCUCGGACAACUGUUACGGACUACCCUGUCGCGUUGGAAAAUGUAUUUGUGAGCCGGGAACCAAUUCAAAUCUGCCCGUUCAUUAUUUCACUACAGGAUAG